AUGGCUUCAGCAGUUGUUUCAUCAGGUUUUACACCAUCUUCUAUUGACAAUUCAAAACCAAAAUUUAGCAAUUAUCAAUCUAGAGUAAUGCUUGGUGAUCUUCCGUCAGAUUUUCUUCGUGUUCAACUUGUUGAAUCUCAAAUCUACGAUUCAUCAAAUGCUCAACUAGAACACAAUCAAAAUCCAAAUUUUCUUGGAUUCUUUACUUUAACCUUUGCUGAAGCUAAAUUAAUAAAAAAUUCUGGUCCAUUAGGUUUACUUCGUAUGGAUCCAUAUGUUCGUUUUCAGCUAGGUCAUGUUUCUUACGAAACACCAACAGCUACUGGUGGUGGUAAAAAUCCUCAAUGGAAAGUAUCAUAUCGAAUUAAUUUAUUCAAAGGAAUGGAUAAAGUUCAUUUGGAAUUAUUCGAUCAACGUAGUUUUACAGAAGAUAAUUUUAUUGGAGAAUGUGAUAUUGAAAUUCCACGAGAAGUUUUAGAUGGUCAAACACAUCAACAUUGGUAUCCAUUAAUGGGACGAGAAGCAAAUAUAAAUGAAAAUCAAGGCGAUAUUCUUAUUGUUAUGAGUUUUACAUCUACAACAACAGAAUAUUCAUCAACAUUAGAGAAUCCAAGUUUUUCAAAUAGUCCAACAAUGUCUUCAUUAUCAUCUCAAUCGAAUAGUAUUACUGAAUCAACAUUACUUUAUACAGUUGAUGAUAUAAAAACAAUUGAAGAAAUGUUUCCUACAAUAGAUCGUCAGAUUAUUAUUGAUUUAUUAGAAAAAUAUGGUGGUAAUAAAGAUAUUGUAGUUAAUCAUCUUUUACAAAAUUCUGUUUAA